CCUUUCUGGUGGUACUAGGGCUUUCGCCGAAGUAGUGUAUCGUGACGGUGAGGCCUUUGCGGACUUCGGCGCGGUCUGCACCGGCGGCUCUCAGCACCUGGUGGGAAAAAGCCGACCUCCGGUAUGCGCUCCAGUGCCAGAGAAUAACAGAGGAUCAACAUGGUGUCCAACUUGAUGAAAUUUGUAGUCAGUCAUAAGAAAAUACCCAUCCUGCACGUUAAUAAUAUGUGUUGCUCUAAAAUGAGAGCAAGUUUACAAAGACUAAAGUCACAUGUGCCUCUUGGAAGAAACUACAGUUCUCUACCAGGUUUGAUAGGAAAUGAUAUCAAAUCCCUUCAUUCUGUCAUCAAUCCUCCCAUAGCUAAAAUCCGAAAUAUUGGAAUUAUGGCUCAUAUUGAUGCAGGCAAAACUACCACCACAGAAAGAAUAUUGUACUAUUCUGGAUACACAAGAUCGCUGGGAGAUGUUGAUGAUGGAGAUACAGUGACAGAUUUCAUGGCUCAAGAGCGAGAAAGAGGCAUUACUAUUCAGUCUGCUGCUGUUACGUUUGAUUGGAAGGGAUAUAGAGUCAAUUUAAUUGAUACGCCAGGUCAUGUAGACUUUACCUUGGAGGUUGAGCGCUGCCUUAGAGUGUUGGAUGGUGCAGUAGCUGUGUUUGAUGCCUCUGCUGGUGUAGAGGCCCAGACUCUCACAGUAUGGAGGCAAGCUGAUAAACACAGGAUACCUCGAAUCUGUUUUUUAAACAAAAUGGACAAAACUGGAGCAAGUUUUAAAUAUGCGGUUGAAAGCAUCAGAGAGAAGUUGAAGGCAAAGCCAUUACUUUUGCAGUUACCACUUGGUGAAGGCAAAGCUUUCAAAGGAGUUGUGGAUGUAGUAAAUAAAGAAAAACUUCUUUGGAAUCCUAAUUCAGAUGAUGGAAAAGACUUUGUGAGGAAUCCCCUUUUGGAAAUGAGUGAUCCUGAGUUGCUUAAGGAGACAACUGAAGCAAGGAAUGCCUUAAUUGAGCAGGUUGCAGAUUUGGAUGAUGAAUUUGCUGACUUGGUUUUAGGAGAAUUUAGUGAAAAUUUUGAUUUGCUACCAGCUGAAAAGCUCCAGACUGCAAUUCGCAGAGUAACACUGGCUCAGACAGCAGUGCCUGUGCUUUGUGGAAGUGCCCUGAAAAACAAAGGUGUCCAGCCCUUGUUGGAUGCUGUUACUGUGUACUUGCCUUCACCUGAAGAGCGCAACUAUGAAUUUCUGCCAUGGUAUAAGGGUGACUUAUGUGCACUGGCAUUUAAAGUUCUUCAUGACAAGCAGCGAGGACCACUGGUGUUUAUGCGCAUUUACUCAGGCAUGAUAAAACCCCAGUUGGCCAUCUAUAAUAUUAAUGGAAACUGCACGGAGAGAAUAAGUCGUCUUCUUUUGCCAUUUGCUGACCAACAUAUAGAAAUCCCUUCACUGACUGCUGGUAACAUUGCUUUGACUGUUGGCCUUAAACACACCGCCACAGGAGACACCAUUGCCUCAUCCAAGUCCAGUGCGUUAGCUGCAGCUCGUCGAGCCGAAACAGAAGGAGGAAAAAAACAUAGACGGAACAAUGAAGCCGAAAGACUUCUUCUGGCUGGGGUGGAGAUUCCAGAACCUGUUUUCUUCUGUACCAUAGAACCCCCUUCGGUGGCUAAGCAGCCAGAUUUGGAUUAUGUAUUGAAAUGCCUUCAACGUGAAGAUCCCAGUUUGAAAGUGAAGCUAGAUGCUGAUUCUGGACAGACUGUCUUAUGUGGUAUGGGGGAGUUACAUAUUGAGAUUAUUCAUGACCGAAUCAAGAGAGAAUAUGGAUUGGAAACCUAUCUAGGGCCUCUCCAGGUGGCAUACCGAGAGACUAUUCUAAAUGCAGUUCGUGCCACAGAUACCUUAGAUAGAACAUUAGGAGACAAACGGCAUCUUGUGACUGUAGAACUGGAAGUAAAACCAGUUGAAACAGCCUCUGUUAUGCCAGUUAUCGAGUAUGCUGGAAGUGUUAGUGAAGACCUUCCGACAGCUUCCCAAGAGGCCAUUGAAAAUGGGAUUCACAGUGCAUGCCUCCAAGGACCAUUGCUUGGAUCCCCAGUCCAAGAUGUGGCAGUUGCUGUACAUUCACUGGUAAUUCAUCCUGGUACCUCCACAACUAUGAUUUCUGCCUGUGUCUCCAGAUGCAUACAAAAGGCGCUGAAGAAGGCUGAUAAGCAAGUUUUAGAGCCCCUGAUGAAGCUCGAGGUUACAGUCACUAGAGAUUACCUCAGCCUUGUCCUGGCAGAUCUGGCACAAAGAAGAGGGACCAUUCAGGAAAUCCAGACUCGUCAGGAAAACAAAAUUAUUACUGGAUUUGUUCCCCUAGCAGAAAUUAUGGGUUAUUCAACUGUGCUUCGAACGCUAACAUCAGGCUCAGCUACUUUUGCCUUAGAACUAUCUAAUUAUGAAGCCAUGAAUCCUCAAGACCAAACUGUACUGCUCGGCCGGCGAAGUGGCUUGACCCAAGUACUUUGAGACUCCGGAGCCCCUAUCAACUGCAGUUUCAUGUAAGUAUAAACAGCCACAUGUGGCUGUGCUAUCAUACUGGACAUAAGAGAUCUAAAGUAGAAGAAUGCUCCUGGAGUUGACCAAAGGGAAUGAAUUCCACAGGCUGGAUGGUGAUGAAGACUUCACAGGCAAAGCAGGGCUUUGAACUGAAUUCUUUGAACAGAAGACUACUCAACAUUAUUUCAUCAUUUAAUGCAAAAGUCUUCGUCAUAAUGUCAGUGAUUUAAAGAAAGCAGUGCAUACUGCUUCCUUCUUGAUUUUUCACUUUGUCCAACAAGGUAUAAUAUCUAUAUAUAUAGAUAGAUAUAGAUAUCUAUCUAUAUAUAUAUAAUAUCUAUAUUAUUAUAUAGAUCUUUGACAAGGGGUACUAUCUAUAUAUCUCUAUAUAUAAUAUCCAUACUUUCACAAGGGGUAGAGAGAAAAUGAAAAAAGAGUACUAAAUAGCUAAAACUUUUACAAAAAUCACACAUGAAAUAAAAAUAGAGGAGGCUUAUAAGUAACUUACUUUUGAAGGUAGAAAGAUUCUAGUCUUCUAAAAUCUUUGCCAAAACCUUUCUGCUUCAUGAAACCCUGGAUUUCUGGAUUAGACUCCCUUUAACAAAAAACAGUGAUUAAAACUACAUUAAAAGUUUGAACAACCAAAUCUAUGUAAAGCAGCAUAGAUCUCUAUUAAAGUUUGUAGACAGAAAAUAAGCCUAAAAACUUUAUUAUGAGUUACCCAGGUUUUUCAUUACAAAUAAUUUUUUCCAGAAGCUGGUUACUUGUGAAAAUAGCUCUCCCCACCUCUCUCCUCCAACUAAGGCUAUUUGCAGAGGAUUUUUGUUUAAAUGUUUUAUUUAAUUCUGACAGUGUGUGUGUGAGCAGGGGAGGGGCAGAGAGAGAGAAUCCCAAGCAGGCUCCAUGCUGUCAGCGCAGAGCUCAUGACCUGAGCCAAAACCAAGUCAGAUACUCAACUGACUGAGCCACGCAGGCGCCCCGCCAAGGAUUUUUAUUUGAGAAAAAUCUCCCCCACCUAAUCACUGCCUUUUCACUAAAGCUGUUCCUGUUCACUGUAGUCUGUUUCCAGUCCCCAUGGUCUUUCACGUCUUUAUUCUCCUUCCUAAAAGCUUUUAUUCUCAAGUUAUGUUGCUAACUUAAAACCUAGCAAGCAGAGAUCUUUCCCAAAUCUUCCUUUUUCACGUGGAAACCUCUAAUAUCUACUUCGAAUGCAAUGGUUAAAAAAGUAAGGCUUUUAAAGAAUUGUCAUACCAACAUUGAAAUUCCACUUCAUCUCCUCCCAAGUGAACAAAGUGAUCUGGAAACACCAUACUAACUUCUUUGAAAAACUGAGACAGGAAGUUAUAAGUUGAAUUCAGAAUAGGGUUUAUAGGUCCAAAGGUCCCAGACUGCUUAUGUUCAUUGUAACAUGGAGUCAGGAGGUCUUUCUGACCUGGAAGAAGAAGUAUUUUAAUCACAAAGACAUCACUCUGCAUGUGAUUAUACUCUAUUUUGUUGAAGCUGUAAGAGAAUUUUUACAGAAAAAGAUAACCUUAUGAGCAGUUGUUUCUUGAAUCCUGUCCUCUGUACCUCUGUUUCCCUUUCCUCACCCUAUUUUAUCCAUUUCAGAUAUCUCGUUUAUUUGGAACUAACAAAUCUUGACCUCACCCAAGCCCUUUUUCCUAAGUUUCAAUCCAUAUUUCAGAUUCCCUGCUCAACACAAUUAGAUAUGCCAGCUGCACUUCAAAUACCAUCUAACAAAAGCGAGAUUCUCUGUUCUGUAAGCUCCUUCAGUAGCUGCUCCUGAUUACUGUGUCCUGGUAAACGUUUACCAUCUUCCUCCUCUUUAAGUUUUCCUUCUUCUCUCAAGGUUGAUCAGUUGCCAAGUCCUAGGGAUGUCUCUCAGUUCUGUACAUUAUUUUCCAUUCCCAUUAACACCAUUCUGGUCUAGGACUUCAUCUCCUUCCCCUUCCAGUCGACCACUUCAUCACAUAGGUUUUCCUGAAGUGUGGUUCCCAUGAGUCCUGAUGGAGCCCACAUUCCUCACCCAAGGCCCUCCACACUGUACUUCACCGGACUGAUUUCUCAAUAUCCUCCAUAUCUACCCUAAUAGUACUGAACAAUUAUAAAUGCCAGGUGCUGUGUUACAUGUUAUUUAACCCUCAAAAACUUAUAUGAUAGUUACUACAUUUUAGAGAUGGGGAAACUGAGGAUGAGACAUUCUACAACUUGAUCAAGGUCACUCAGUUUAUAAAAGGCAGAAGUAGGAUUCAAACCCAGACAGUGUGGCUCAAGACUCAGUUCUUAACCACCCUAUAAUGCUUCCUACUCUUGGCUGCACUACACUCCAGCUAAUGCCCUUCCUCAUGUUAUUCCCUUUACCAGAAACAUGAAUAUAUUCUUUGAUCUCUCAAAAGCAUUUUUAGUGUUAUCCAGGAAACUAUUUCUUACAUUCAAUUAGCAUGUUCUACUUGUAAUUUUUCCUUUAGACUUUUUGUUUUUUUCCAUACUUUAGGCAGUGACUUGCUCACAACAGACACAUAAUAACUGAAUUCCAUCUGUCAAUAGUGCUACCCUUGUGCAAACCACAAGGUAUUAAGAACAAAAUGAACAGGGACACCUGGGUGGCUCAGUUAAGUGUCCAACUCUUGAUUUCAGCUCAUGUCAUGAUCUUAUGGUUUGUGAGUUCGAGCCUCAAGUCAGGCUCUGUGCUGAUAGCAUGGAGCCUGCUUGGGAUUUUCUUCCUCUCUCUCUGCCCGUCCCCCACGUGCACUCUCUCAAAAAUAUCAACAUUAAAAAAAAAAAUGCAGGAAGGACCUCAGGUAUUCACUCUUUGCAACUUAAAAAUGACACUCCUUACCUUUUCCCCAAGACUGUGUAUGUCCAGGGCUAUCAAAUUCUGGUAUGACUCGAAUCCCUCGUAAUCUGGCAUAUUCAAUCACCGUAUGGACAUCGUUUGGUGUAUAAACAUGAGACAGAGAAUAGCUGCCCUGUAAAGCCGUAUUUAUUAAAAUGUAUGAAAUGGGUUUGUCCAGGAUACUCUUAACAGUUCUGUUUGCAUAGUGAUAGGUGAUUUUUCUUGUGUAACAAUGUAUUAAACGGUCCGGUGUGGUGGUGAAGGACUCAUUUUUUUUUUCUUUAAUCCCCACUUUUAUUCAUUCAUUCAUUCACAAGGAAGCUCUACGCCCAGUGUGGGGCUUGAACUCACUACCCCAAGAUCAAGAGCUGCAUGGUCUACCGACUGAGCCAGCCAUUUAAAUGAUUUACCGUAUCUUAUCAGCUCUCAGCACACUGUGGGUUAAUUCCAGAUUUACUAAUAGAACUAUCUCUUCUAGUUCCUUUUGGUUCAGGAACAUCUAUCCUCAUGCUAUUUCAACCUCAUGUAACCAUACAACAAAAUACAAAUAAAAUGUCUGACUCCAAAGUCAAACUUGUGAAAAUGGAAAAUACACUCCCCUUGUCAAUUUUAGAAUAAAAAUUCACACACUAUUACAAAGCUGAGCUGUUGCCUUUCGAAGUCAUUUUAAUUACUAUCAGCUUUAAAAAUUCCCCCAGACAUAUUCUGAUAAGGGACUUGAUUUUUUUUUUUUUUAAGAUUACCCUCAAUCCCUUUAUAGGUUACACUUGGGUUGUAACUAAAAGUUGAUUAAAGGUGUUAGCGUAAAGCACAUUUCUCAAGGCAUAAAUAUGUAAAUAUUACAUAUAAAUUAUAACCUAUAUCUAAAUUUAUACAUAAAUGUAAAUGCUCAACUCCUAAAAAGUAAUCCUGUCUCACUCCCCCAAAUUUGUAUCUAAUCAAGAUCAGAUCUAUUCAUAGUAAAUACAGGACAGGAGGAUAACUGACAAUAUGAGAAUGCAAUCAGCAAAACCCAGACUUUGGGAACUAGACAAAUGAUUUAGUUUAACAAAAAUGGCAAAUUACAAAAAAAAUAGAUGGGCGGGGUAGAUACCUAUAACACCAAGACAAUGGACACACUAACUGACCACAAUGUAUGGAACUCAUUUGCAUGCCAUUACAAAUAAGAUUUUGUUCAUUAAAACAAGGUAAAACACUUGGAGAAAUAUAAAUAAUGAUUGAUUAGCUGGAUUACUGUUAACUUUUCAGCUGCAAUAGUAUAUUAUGGGUUUGUUGUUAUUGUUUUUAAAGAAAGACCUUUUUACAAAUGUGAUGUGGUGUCUGGGGUUUUCUUUAAAAUAUGGUAGGAAGGGAGGGUGAGCGUAAGUGAUACAAGAUUGGCCAAGUUCUGAUUACUGAAGUUGGGUGACAAAGACAUGGAAAUCUCUGUCUUGUAUGUUUACUUCUGUGUAUGUGUGAAAUUUUUUCUGUAAUAAAAAGUAAAACAAAAGCAAA